AUGGUUCAGUGUUACUGUUGUAAUAGGUUUGGCCACUUUGCUAAAGAUUGUUGGUCAAACAAAGAAGAAGCAAAAAUAGCCAGAGGAGAUUCUGAUGAUGAACCUGUGCUAUUGAUGGUUUAUGAAUCUGAUGAGGAACCUGUGAAAUCAGAAGAUGACUUUGAAGAUCCUGGAGAAGAGUCAGAAUCUGAGGUUUCUGAAGAUGAGUCAGUGUUAGAAGAUGACUUUGAAGCUGAAGACAAGUCAGAAUCUGAAUGUGGAACUUCUGAAGGCGGAGCUUCUGAAGGUAGUCCAACUUCUGAUGGUGGUCAUGAUUCUGAAAGAAAAUAUUAUGAAGUUGGAACUUCUGAAGGCAGAGCUUCUGAAGGCGAUCCAACUUCUAAAGGUGGUGGUUUUGAACAAGACCCAGAAGUUAACAAAGGUGGAAAUUCUGGUGGUAGUCAAACUUUCGAAGAAAAUCCAGAAGGAGAUAUGGUUCCAGAAUCAGAAGGAGAUUCUGAACUAUUGGGUUUUGAAGACGCACUCGAGAAGAAAGGUUGGUUGAAUGCCAUAAAAGAAGAACUUGAGGCUUUAGAAGAAAACAAGACUUGGAAGUUAACUAAGCUUCCAAAGGAGAAGAAACCCAUCAGUUUCAGAUGGGUUUUCAAUGAGAAAUCUGCAUUUCUAAAUGGAGUAUCAGAAGUUGCACACUGUAGCAACCAGAAGAAACUUGCAGAUGUUAUGAUGAAGGAUGUCAAGACUGAACACCUUACCCGUUUGAGGGAUGGAGUUGGUGUUGUAGAUUUUGGCUAG